AGGUGGCCAUGUGGGGGCCCAGCGUGGUGGUCCGCAGUGGGGGGCUGCUGUCAGGCGCCCGGCUGGGCUGUCGCCUGCGGGAGGAGGACGUGGGGCGGCGCGAGACCUUCAGCGCAGAGUGGCUGGACCUGGAGCUCAGCACCCGGCCUGAGGAGGGGUGGUGCCGGCGGGAGGUGGACGAGCAGCGCCGGGAGACGCUGGAGCAGCGCGGGGAGACGCGGGUGCUGGAGCAGCGCUCGCCCUGGGGGCUGCUGCGAGUGGGGGUCCUGGGGCAACCCCUGACCCAGCACCUCCUGCCUUACGCCCGCACCCUGCCUCUGCCCCUCUUCGCCCCCCCGGACCUCCGCGGGGCCAAGGCGGGGGUCCGCCGCACGCUGUCCCGCUCCCUCUCCCACGAGGCUCAGCGGGGCUGA